AUGGAUUUUAUUGAUGCUCUUCCCAACUCCAACGGUUACACCGUGAUCAUGGUGGUGGUCGAUCGGCUCUCUAAGGCAGCCCAUUUCGUGGCUCUUAAGCACACGUAUAUGGCAACAUCCGUGGAAAGGGCCUUCAUGGAUAACAUCAUCAAACUCCAUGGACUUCCAAAGUCGAUCGUAUCUAAUUGCGACCGAAUCUUCACCAGUAAAUUCUGGCAAGAAUUGUUUCGCUUGCAGGGUACUAAGCUGAAACUCAGUUCCGGUUAUCACCUCCAAACCGAUGGACAAACGGAGCCAUAUUGUCAAAGCUCGAUCACCACCCGCCAAUCCAUGAAGCUGGCCCCUGGGUUCUAUGGCCCUUUCUGCAUCGACAAGGUUGCGUAUCGCCUGGAACUUCCCGCAGGCUCGGUGGUCCACCCAGUGUUCCAUGUUUCAUGUCUCAAGAAAGUCAUGGGUCGCACCAACGUUCCAGCUCAAGCAUUGCCCACCUUCGAUGACCAAGGGACACUGCAGGUAUCGCCCUAUCGCAUCCUCGACCGGCGCCAAGUCCGCAAGCGCGGUCGUACCAUCACUCAGCUCCUCGUCCAAUGGACUAGUUUACCCCUGGAAGAUGCCACGUGGGAGGAGGCUCAUUCCAUCCAAGAACGGUUUCCUAAUUUUCAACCUUGA